UGCGACUUGCGGCACCUUCGCAAUGGCUCUUACCUUGUUUGAUACUGAUGAAUACAGGCCACCAGUUUGGAAAUCUUAUCUGUAUCAGUUGCAACAAGAAGCUCCACACCCUAGAAGGAUUACCUGCACAUCUGAGGUAGAGAAAAGACCGAAGUACUAUGGACGAGAGUUCCAUGGGAGGAUAUCGAGAGAAGAAGCAGAUCAAUUAUUGAGCGUAGCAGAGGGAAGUUAUCUUAUUCGUGAAAGCCAACGGCAACCUGGAACGUACACUUUGGCUUUGAGAUUUGGAAAUCAAACCAGAAACUUCAGACUUUACUAUGAUGGAAAACACUUCGUUGGAGAGAAACGUUUUGAGUCUAUCCACGACCUGGUGACAGAUGGAUUGAUCACCCUUUAUAUUGAAACCAAGGCAGCCGAAUACAUUGCCAAGAUGACCAUAAAUCCAAUUUAUGAACACAUAGGAUAUACAACUUUAAGCAGAGAGCCAACAAACAAGAAGCAUACAGUGGCUGUGAGAGAUACACUUGAUGGCAAAGAGUCUUCAGGAGACAAUGACAUAGUAGAAAAAAGGCUGACAUCACUUGUCAGAAGAGCAACUCUGAAAGAAAACGAACACAUUCCAAAAUAUGAAAAGGUUCACAGUUUCAAGGUUCACACUUUCAGGGGUCCACACUGGUGUGAAUAUUGUGCCAACUUUAUGUGGGGCCUCAUUGCUCAGGGAGUGAAAUGCGCAGAUUGUGGCUUAAACGUUCAUAAGCAAUGCUCCAAAAUGGUCCCAAACGACUGCAAGCCAGACCUGAAACAUGUCAAAAUGUACAGCUGUGAUCUCACUACACUAGUAAAAGCGCACUUCACAAAGAGACCAAUGGUUGUAGACAUGUGCAUUAGAGAGAUUGAAUCAAGAGGUCUCAAUUCUGAAGGACUCUACAGAGUAUCUGGAUUCAGUGACCUAAUUGAAGAUGUCAAAAUGGCUUUUGACCGAGGUAAUGAAAAAGCAGACAUCUCUGUGAAUACGUAUGAAGAUAUCAAUAUUAUAGGGUCACUUAAACUGUACUUCAGGGAUUUGCCAAUUCCGCUAACAUACGAUGCCUAUCCAAAGUUUAUAGAUUCUGCAGUAAAAACAAUGGAUCCUGACGAACAGCUGGAAAUACUUCACGAAGCCCUGAAACUGCUGCCCCCUGCUCACUGUGAAACCCUACGGUAUCUCAUGGCACAUUUAAAAAGGGUGACGCUCCACGAAAAGGAGAAUCUGAUGAACGCAGAGAACCUGGGCAUUGUUUUUGGACCAACGCUGAUGCGAGCGCCAGAACUUGAUGCAAUGGCUGCCCUGAAUGAUAUCCGUUACCAGAGACUUGUGGUGGAGAUGCUUAUAAAAACGAAGAUAUUUUAUUUUGAACUUGUUUGUGGGUGUGCGUGUGCAUGUAUGUUUUUAAACGAACUGCGAAAAAAGAAAAAGAAAGAAUCCGGGGAUGAUGAAGGAAUAUUUUGAAAUGGAGCCUGUAGCGGAAUUCUGAUUGUGAGGUUUUUUGAUGUAUGAAAGGUGCUUGUUUAUUGUUGCUUGUGUGGCAUCAUUCAGACAAUGUUGGGAACAUAUAUUGUACUUUCCAGUACUAAAUAGGUCUGGGGGUUUCAUCAUAGUACAGGAAAUUCAAACUGAAGUAGGUCCCCUCCUUGUUUUACCCUCUCUUGUGAGGGUUCUGCUGCAAAGGACCAACAGGGACAGGACAGCUUCUGUGUUCUGGAAUAGUCUGUGAUUGUACUUUAGCAUGUUUCUCAGUGUAAAUCUGUUGUGGAUUUCUU